UUUCAUCGAAAGUUAGUGAGAGAGUCGGAGGAGAGGGAGGGAGAGAGAGAGAGAGAGAAAGAGAGAGAGCCAGGGUUUCUUUCCAAACCCUGCUUUCUUUUCUUGAUCUUUGCCUUGGCGAGAGGAGAGGAUUUCUCACUGUCGGAGGUGGAAAAUGGCAAUCUUUGUUCACCCCCAUCUCUGGAUCUUCACUUUCGGAAUCCUAGGAAACUUUGUCUCGUUCUUCGUCUUCUUGGCUCCAGUGCCAACAUUUUACAAAAUCUAUAGGAACAAAUUGACCGAGAAAUUCCAAUCGAUACCAUAUUUGGUCGCUUUAUUCAGCUCCAUGCUCUGGCUUUACUACGCAUUCCUCAAAGGACACUCCUUCCUUCUCAUCACCAUUAACUCCUUCGGAUGCGUCAUAGAGAUGGUGUACAUCGCCAUCUACAUUGCUUAUGCGCCGAUAGCUGCCAAGAAGUCCACGAUCAAGCUCUUUGCUCUCAUGAACAUGGGAUUGUUCCCUCUCCUAAUUCUCAUCACGCACUUCAUUCCAAACGAUGAUGCACGCGCCACGGUGUUCGGAUGGAUCUGCACGACAAUUUCCGUGAGUGUCUUCGCAGCACCGUUAAGCAUUGUGGCACGAGUUGUGCGAACGAAUAGCGUGGAGUUCAUGCCCUUCUCUCUGUCGUUCUUUCUAACGUUGAGCGCCAUCACGUGGUUUGGCUACGGUUUCUUCCAAAAGGACUGGUGCAUUAUGAUACCGAACAUCGUGGGCUUUGUCUUGGGACUGUCUCAGAUGGUCUUGUACGGAUACUACAGAAACAAAGAGGAUAUCAAGGACGAGAUCAUGGACGAGACGCUCCCACAACGCGCUGCCGUGGAAGUGGUAGUUUCCGGCAAUGACCCGGGGUCUGAUCAGCCAAGUUAAGUUGGCUCGAGCCCAACUUACCAUCGAGCGGGGCUUUAAUUAAGAAUGUGAAGGCUCAAAUCUGCGUCAAUGUAUCCUCCUAUAAUGUAUCCUCCUCUCCAUAGUGAUCCUAUGUGCUCUAUCGAUAUCUCUCUCUAUCUGUCUCUCUUGUUCGGUUGGUAUGCAAUUGUAUGAAAAAUAAAGUGCUCCGACAAUCUCUCAGAAGUGUAUUCAUUAUUCAGUUUGCUGAUUAAUGAACAAGUUAACUACUAGUACAUUCGAUGA